AUGCAAGUUAAAAGCUCGGUACUGCAAGGUGCUAAUGAUGAUGAUGUUGGGGCAGUAGAGGUUAUGAAACUUAAAAGCUCGGAACUACAGGGUGCUAAUGAUGAUGAUGUUGGGGCAGUGGAGGGUGCUAAUGAUGAUGAUGUUGGGGCAGUAGAGGUUAUGCAACUUAAAAGCUCGGAACUACAGGGUGCUAAUGAUGAUGAUGUUGGGGCAGUGGAGUGGAAUUUGCACUCAAGGUUAUGCAAGUUAAAAGCCCAGCAACUACGGGAUGCUGAGGUCAGGCUAUUCGUGGGUGCAUUUCAAUCUACGGCCCUUCACAAAAACCUCUACAGAUUUGUUGGUGUGAGGCCAGCUUCCAAUUAUUUCAGAAAACAAGAAGCUGCAAAUCAGUUGCUCCCAAAAUCUAAUGACACAUUGACAUUUUCUGUCGAAAACAUACUUGAUAAUGAAGGGUGCAUUGGCUACAAAGCCGGCUCAUGGUGGCCCGAAGCCCGUAGGCUACAAACGGCCCACGGGCUAGCCCUGCCAUUGAAAGCCAUGUGCAUUUGA